GGCGCCGGCCCAAAAGGCGGAGUCGCGAAGCGGAGGGGCCAGAGCUGCGAGCGCGGUGCUGACUGCGCUGCCGAGAAACCCUGCGGGAACCCAGACUCGGAGGAGCCCCUCGUCCCCGCCCGGCCUGGCCAGGCCCCGCGCUAUGGAAUUCCUCUGGGCCUCUCUCUUGGGUCUGUGCUGCAGUCUGGCCGCUGCUGACCGCCACACCGUCUUCUGGAACAGUUCAAACCCCAAGUUUUGGAAUGAGGACUACACAAUACACGUGCGGCUAGAUGACUACCUGGACAUCAUCUGCCCUCAUUACGAGGACGACUCUGUGGCGGACGCGGCCAUGGAGCAGUACACACUGUACCUGGUGGAGCACGAACAGUACCAGCUAUGCCAGCCCCAAUCCAGGGACCACGUCCGCUGGUUCUGCAACAGCCCCAAGGCCAGGCAUGGCCCGGAGAAGCUGUCCGAGAAGUUCCACCGCUUCACAGGCUUUACCCUGAGCAAGGAUUUCAAAGAGGGACACAGCUACUACUACAUCUCCAAACCCAUGCACCACCAGGAAGGCCGCUGCUUGAAGUUGAAGGUUUUCAUCGAUGGCAAAAUCACUCGCAGCCCUCAGGCCCAUGCCAAUGCACAAGAGAAGAGACUUCCAGCAGAUGACCCGGAGGUGCAGGUUCUGCAUAGCAUCGGUCACAGCGCCGCCCCUCGCCUCUUCCCACUAGCCUGGGCUGUGCUGCUGCUGCCAUUCCUGCUGCUGCAAAUCCCAUGAGGGUGUGCACCACAUCUAUUGUAAGGAUUGGAACCAGGCUGAGGAGGCAGGCGGGCCUCCCUCACCUACCUGGGGCCCCUCCCAAGGCCCCAGUCCUGGGAACCACUCCUACCACAUGCUCAAGCUGCCACCCAGCAGCCUCAAAACGGGUCGAUAUUGAGGGUUUCAACCCUAAGGAGGUCAGAAAGCCUGACAGUGCCAUUCCCACCUCCACGUCAGAGGGAUAGACAAAGAAGUGGAGACAGUCCUUUCCCCUCCAUUCCUGCCCUUAAGCCAAAGAAACAAGCUAGACGGACAUGGCCUCCUAAGAAGGGCACCGUGGGAGCCGAACUGGAUGGGGCUUGGGGUCACAAGAUGGACACUGAGCUUGGCAAAGAUGCCCCUCCCAUGGACAGCCAGGAUGGCUCUGAAGGAAGAGCAAGAGACAGUUUCCUGCUUGGGAGCCAGGGACAGGAGAAGCAGCAUGCUUGCUUGGGUUGACCCAGCAUCUCCCCCAGGACUCUGUGGAGCUGCCACAGGGAGGUCUGUAGUCAGACACUGCAUCCUCUCUCAUCCUGGGACAUCACUCCGCAGAGCUGCACCAGCAGGGGGCUGUGCCAACCUGUUCUUAAGAGUGUAACUGUAAGGGCAGUGCCCACGUGCAGAGUCUAUGCCUAGUCUGUAGCCUGAAGGGCAGGGCCCACAAGUACAGAAUGUAUAUGGACUUGAUGUGUGUCUAUGCUGAUUUCUACAACUGGAGUUUGUUUUUUGUUUUUUUUUUAUACAGUGUUCUUUGUCUCAAAAUAAAGGAAUGUGUUUGUUUUUUUGGACAUGA